CACGCUCCACUCCUCACUUCUCUUCCUCUCCACUUGGAUAUAUAUUCGUCUGACCGCAGGCCGCCUCCAUCAUCAGCUGACAGCCCUCACGUAUUUAUUUGCUUAUAAACCUGUUACAAUAAAUGAUCAUUCGAGCAGCGUCAGACGCACCUUACCGACGAGUGGCAACCACUUUUUGAUGAAUGACAUUUGGGCUAGAGAGGAUGCACGGGUCAUUUUGAAGAGUCAUUCGUUGCUCGUACUGGCAUUCUUCUAUUUUUUUGCGCCUUGCUCAUAAAAAGGUGUUAUAUUAUUUAGAGACAGUUGCUGAGUUGAAUGCGGAUUAGCUCCACCACAACUCAUCGGAGAACUAGCCCUGGACAUUUUUUUUUCUUUUUCUACAAGACUUAAUGAUGGAGAGGAUAAGAAAAGAGAUGAUUCUGAUGGAGAGAGGUCUGCACAGUCCGGUGUCUGGAAAAAGGCUGUCGAACCUGUCAGACUCCGCUGGAAAUUCAGUGCUGGAGGCCCUCGAAAAUUCUCAGCACAGUGGUCGACUUAGCCCGAGAAUAACUUCCGCCUCGCUUCAUGGAAGUCUCGGGGAUAUUCCUACCAAAGGCAAGUUCGAAAUCGACACUCUUUUCGGUACACACCACAACGGCGAGAAUACCUCCUCAGCGGAGAUUUCAUCAUCAGAAAGCAGAAAGAAAAUUCACUUAUACCCAGAAGUUUCUCAAGACUCCGACAUGAACAGUGACGUGGAGGUGGGAUGCCCAUCGCAUCGCUCCCCGAGCCAACACAAGGAAAACAACAACAAAGGGUUUUCCGACAAUAAUUCUGGAAGCAACACAAGUUCAUCCUCCCUUUCCAAUAACGGCAAUGGAAUGGGCUCAAACAUGUCAAAUGCUGAUCAGGUGAGAAGGUACCGGACUGCUUUUACCAGAGAACAAAUUGGAAGACUGGAGAAAGAGUUUUACAGGGAAAAUUAUGUUUCAAGACCAAGAAGGUGUGAACUGGCCGCAUCACUAAAUCUACCUGAAACAACAAUAAAGGUAUGGUUCCAGAACAGGCGUAUGAAGGAUAAGAGGCAACGUUUGGCUAUGUCUUGGCCCCAUCCAGCAGAUCCAAGCUUUUACACCUACAUGAUGACGCACGCCGCAGCCACCGGAAGUUUACCAUACCCUUUCCAUUCCCACAUGCCUCUGCACUAUUACCCGCAUGUUGGUGUCACAGCAGCUGCCGCUGCCGCAGCUGCGUCCGGUGCUGCAUCGUCACCUUUCGCUACCUCCAUUCGCCCUCUCGAUACUUUCCGUGCACUGUCCCAUCCUUAUUCACGACCGGAGCUUCUCUGUGGCUUCCGGCAUCCAGGACUGUAUCAGUCACCCGCAGGACUCAAUAGCUCUGCGGCAGCAUCAGCAGCAGCAGCAGCAGCAGCAUGUGCAGCCGCGGUCAGUGCGCCAUCCGCCACUGGGCCAUGCUCGUGUCUCAGUUGUCACAGCAGCCAGGCCGCCAGCGCGCUGGGAUCCCGAAGUACCAACUCUGACUUCACCUGCACGGCAUCCGGGCAAAGGUCCGAGAGUGGAUUUUUGCCGUAUUCUGCCGCUGUCCUGAGCAAAACCUCGGUUCCAUCACCAGAUCAAAGAGAGGAAUCUUCAUUAAACAGAUAACUCAUCACUGGAACUUCUUAAACAAGCUCAGUUGCUCGUGUUUUUUGCUCUACCGUUAGUUUACACAUGCAUCUAUGACUCCAAUAUUUGGGGGACAAUUAAUGGUCAUUCCAAAACAAUUAUCAUAAUUAGCAAACACUUCAAUAUUUGUUUUUAAAAUAAACAAAGAUUUGUUACGCAGUUGGCUAUAUUCGAAAAAAGCCAAAAAGGUUGCAUUCAACAAAUAAUAUAUAAACCAACAAAAGUGUAUUCAUUGGUUAAGCGCUAAAUUUACAAUAAAGAAAUUACGUUGUUAGUGCGGCGGUGAUCAAGUUGAGGUUUUUUUUAUUCACAACUGGAUCCUUGUGCCUUAAAACCUAGAAAUAACAAUAUCAUCCGUGUUAGUUCCAUAUUACAUCGUUAUUAAUUAGGCCUAAAGGUCGUUAGUGCAUCGACUUUGACUAAGUAAAUGUUUACUGAUUGUCAUUAAUUACAACAAUUGUUAAUUUCCUCUUCUAUUCCCGAAUCGUUGAA